CCGCUGAAAACGUCGCAACUGGGCUUCAGCCUUGGUGAAGAGAGGCUGCAACAGGUACUUGAAGAAGUCCAUUCCCAGCCGACACGAUGGCGGAGCGCACCGUCCCUCAUGCCCACCCCAUGAGUGCAGAAUAUGAGUUUGCCAACCCCAGCAAGAUUUAUGACCAGAACUUUGGAGAAGGCAUUUCCUCCGGAGAAAUUCUGACCCCCACCUUAUACCACGGCUACUACAUCAGACCUCGGAUUAACAAGCAGUUGGAACGAGGGAUCUCGGAGGUUAACCUCAAUGACCACAAAUUCCAGGUGUUUCUCGAUGUCUGCCAGUUCACGCCCGACGAGAUCACCGUCCGCACCGUGGACAAUCUCUUGGAGGUGACGGCCCAGCACCCACAGAAAGCCGACCGACAUGGCUUCAUCUCCCGCGAGUUCACCAGGACCUACAUCCUUCCUUUGGAUGUCGAUCCUCUGUUGGUCAAAGCUACGGUGACCCAUGAUGGCAUUCUGAGCAUAGAGGCUCUGCGGACAGGGAAGGAAGUGAAAGCCAAAAUCAACGAGGUGAAAAUCACAUGCCAAGAACAGCCAGUAGGGCAAGAAGGAAGCUCAGGGGUGAAAUCCCGGCCUUAAAACAUCUUUCGCUGCUGCCACAGGUAGGGCCAGGGUGCCCACCAAGGGAAUGCCCACUUGUUUGGUUUAGUAGGCCCAGGCCCCACCUGCUCUAGAAAUGUAUGUGAGUUUUAUUCCGGUUCAAGUAUGGCAGCUUCUCCCAAAGAAUCUUUGGAACUGUUGCUUGAUGGAAUGCUGAGAAUUUUCUUUUGGAUAAGUGCAAUUGCCAGGACUCCCUUGGAAGAGGGAGGG